CGUGCGCGCCAUCCUUCACCCGGCACAUUCCGCCGCCCGCAGGCUUGCGGGGAAACUUCCUUAUUAUUGUGACGCCGAAAUUGGAGAAACCCUGAGCCGGGUCGGUGGAGCCGUCACCGUCGGAAUCCCGCGCGGCGGUUCAGCGGCCGCCGAGAUCUGCAGUGUGAGGUGGAACCAUUCUGGCUUAAGUACAGAUGCCAAGUGUGUGUGACCUGUGCAUUGAACUCACAGCCAACCGCACUGGAACUCACGCAUGAACGCAGCUCAUCUAUCACAGCUCUCUUCUAGGCUACAUGACUCCCUGAAGGACAAGAACGAUGUUAUGUUGGGGAUAUUGGUCUCUGGGCCAACCUGGGAUGAGCACUAACCUGCAAGGGAUUGUGGCCGAGCCACAGGUGUGUGGAUUUGUGUCCGACAGAAGCGUCAAGGAAGUGGCCUGCGGAGGAAGCCACUCCGUGUUCCUGCUGGAGGAUGGGGAAGUUUACACGUGCGGUUUGAACACCAAGGGGCAGCUGGGCCACGAGAGGGAAGGAAACAAGCCAGAGCAAAUUGGAGCUCUGGCAGAUCAGCAUAUUGUCCACGUGGCGUGUGGUGAGUCCCACAGUCUGGCCCUCAGUGACCGGGGCCAGCUGUUUUCUUGGGGCGCAGGGAGCGAUGGUCAACUAGGACUCAUGACUACCGAGGACUCUGUGGCAGUACCCAGGUUAAUACAGAAGCUGAACCAGCAGACAAUAUUGCAAGUUUCCUGUGGCAACUGGCACUGCUUGGCUCUUGCAGCUGAUGGCCAGUUCUUCACGUGGGGGAAGAACAGCCAUGGGCAGCUGGGUCUGGGGAAGGAGUUCCCCUCCCAAGCCAGCCCGCAGAGGGUGAGGUCCCUGGAGGGGAUCCCGCUGGCACAGGUGACUGCAGGAGGGGCCCACAGCUUUGCCCUGUCUCUCUCGGGAGCCGUAUUCAGCUGGGGGAUGAAUAACGCGGGGCAGCUCGGACUCAGUGAUGAGAAAGAUCGAGAGUCUCCUUGCCACGUGAAGCUCCUACGAACACAGAAAGUCGUCUAUAUCAGCUGCGGAGAAGAGCACACAGCAGUGCUCACUAAAAGUGGAGGUGUGUUUACCUUUGGUGCUGGUUCCUGUGGGCAACUUGGACAUGAUUCCAUGAAUGAUGAGGUUAAUCCAAGAAGAGUUCUGGAGCUGAUGGGCAGUGAAGUCACUCAGAUUGCCUGUGGCAGACAACACACCCUAGCCUUUGUGCCUUCUUCUGGACUCAUCUAUGCAUUUGGUUGUGGAGAAAGAGGUCAGUUAGGAACUGGACACACUUGUAAUGUCAAGUGCCCGUCUCCUGUGAAAGGUUGCUGGGCCGCCCAUAGCGGCCAGCUUUCAGCCAGAGCUGAUCGCUUUAAAUAUCAUAUUGUUAAGCAGAUCUUCUCUGGAGGAGACCAGACUUUUGUACUUUGCUCCAAAUAUGAGAAUUCUUCUCCUGCCGUCGACUUCAGGAUGAUGAACCAAGCACAUUACACCAGUUUAAUCAAUGAUGAAACCAUAGCAGUUUGGAGACAGAAACUCUCAGAACACAACAAUGCAAAUACAAUCAACGGUGUCAUUCAGAUAUUAUCUUCUGCAGCCUGCUGGAAUGGAAGUUUUCUUGAGAAAAAAAUUGACGAGCAUUUUAAAACAAGUCCCAAAAUCCCUGGGAUUGACCUGAACUCAACUAGAGUGUUAUUUGAGAAGUUAAUGAACUCUCAGCACUCCAUGAUUCUAGAACAGAUCUUAAAUAGCUUUGAAAGUUGCCUGAUUCCUCAGUUGUCAAGUUCACCACCAGAUGUUGAAGCAAUGAGAAUCUACUUAAUACUACCGGAGUUUCCCCUGCUCCAGGAUUCUAAGUAUUACAUAACGUUGACUAUUCCCCUGGCUAUGGCCAUUCUGCGGCUGGAUACAAACCCCAGCAAAGUCUUAGAUAACUGGUGGUCUCAGGUAUGCCCGAAAUAUUUCACGAAGCUGGUAAACCUCUAUAAAGGUGCCGUCGUUUAUCUACUGAGAGGAAGAAAGACAUUCUUAAUUCCUGUACUGUUUAACAAUUAUAUUACAGCAGCACUCAAGCUCUUGGAGAAGUUAUACAAGGUAAAUCUUAAAGUGAAGCAUGUGGAAUAUGAUACAUUUUAUAUUCCUGAGGUUUCCAGUCUUGUGGACAUUCAGGAAGACUACCUCAUGUGGUUCUUACAUCAAGCAGGCAUGAAGGCUAGACCAUCUAUAAUGCAGGAUGCUGUAACACUUUGUUCCUACCCUUUCAUCUUUGACGCCCAAGCCAAGACCAAGAUGUUACAGACCGAUGCUGAACUGCAGAUGCAGGUGGCGGUCAACGGGGCCAACCUGCAGAACGUCUUCAUGCUUCUCACCUUGGAGCCUCUGCUGGCCAGAAGCCCCUUCCUGGUCCUUCAUGUUCGCAGGAGCAGCCUUGUUGGAGAUGCCCUGAGAGAGCUGAGCAUUCAUUCUGAUAUUGAUCUGAAAAAGCCUCUCAGAGUCAUUUUUGAUGGUGAAGAAGCAGUGGAUGCUGGUGGUGUCACAAAGGAGUUCUUUCUUUUACUAUUAAAAGAAUUGUUGAAUCCCAUCUAUGGAAUGUUUACCUACUAUCAGGAUUCAAAUCUCUUGUGGUUUUCAGAUACGUGUUUUGUAGAGCACAACUGGUUUCACUUGAUUGGCAUAACCUGUGGACUCGCCAUCUACAACUCCACCGUGGUGGACCUGCACUUCCCGCUGGCUCUCUAUAAGAAGCUACUGAACGUGAAGCCUGGCCUGGAAGACUUGAAGGAGCUGUCACCCACGGAAGGAAGGAGUCUUCAAGAACUUUUAGAUUACCCUGGGGAAGAUAUUGAGGAGACUUUCUGCCUCAACUUCACGAUUUGUCGAGAAAGCUAUGGCGUGAUUGAACAGAAGAAGCUGAUACCUGGGGGAGACAGAGUGGCUGUGUGCAAGGAGAACAGGCAGGAAUUUGUGGAUGCUUAUGUGAAUUAUGUCUUCCAAAUCUCAGUUCAUGAAUGGUACACAGCUUUCUCCAGCGGCUUCCUAAAGGUGUGUGGUGGCAAAGUGCUUGAGCUCUUCCAGCCUUCGGAACUGAGGGCCAUGAUGGUGGGGAACAGCAACUACAACUGGGAGGCCCUGGAGGAGACUGCCAUCUACAAGGGUGAUUACUCAGCCACACAUCCCACUGUGAAACUAUUUUGGGAAACAUUUCAUGAGUUCCCACUGGAAAAGAAGAAGAAGUUUCUCUUGUUCCUGACAGGCAGCGAUCGCAUCCCCAUCUACGGCAUGGCCAGCCUGCAGAUUGUCAUCCAGUCCACAGCCAGCGGGGAGGAGUACUUGCCCGUGGCCCACACUUGCUACAACCUUCUCGACCUCCCCAAGUACAGCAGCAAAGAGGUCCUGUGUGCACGGCUGACCCAGGCCCUUGACAACUACGAGGGGUUCAGCUUGGCCUGAGGCUCCCCAGCUUGCCCCUGAUUCCCCUUCCUUCCUCCACGUCCACAGUGAGGCCCAUACAGAAAAUCAUGGGGAUUCCCCAUCGUUCCUUGCACUUGUGACUACGCUGUACUCUGCUGGAUAAAAGCGCAGUGGAUUUUUAAACUCGCAUUCCCCAGAUGUCUCUCUCAGCCCUGACCUUUCCUCAUGACGCUUCCUUGUCUUCCUGACUUCUCAUUCCUCUGCAAGAAUGAUUUGACUGACCUGUCCUUUCUCACCUGCACGUGCAGAACAUCUCCUUUCUCUGCAGCCUUGGAAAUGCUCCUGGCUUGUUGCCGUCCAACCCUAAGGACUAAGGAGGAGAGGAUUACUUCAGAAAUUCCCAAGCCCAACAAGCUGAAUCCGGGUCCAUGACUUUGGCGGAACUCUUGCGAAUUUAUGGGAGCCUUUCGUAAACCUGCCUUUUGCCUAAAAACACAGUUCUUGAGGGACUGGCCAUCUCCCCACGGCUCUGCCUAUUCCCGGCCCUCCUCAAAGGGGUGCAGAGCCGCGUAGCUUCGCAGCUGAGCCGACCUCGGUCUGGUGGCCCCGCCAAGCCCUUUUGACAACAAGAUGAGGUAACAGGCCCUCACCCUCUGGCAUCAUUUUGCUUUUGGAGCAGGUUGCAUUAAUCUUCUAAGGAGUGUUUUCUCCCAGAAAAGUAGAAUAAAUUUCUUAUCCUUUUCCCUAUCACUUUCUGUCUCUCCCACUUCAUCUCUCCUCCCACCCUCCUACUUUUCUCUUCACUUCAUCCUAUUCUCUGUUAUCUGACUUAAUGUCCCUUCCUCUCCUCUCCUCCUGGUGGAUGCAUGCAGUCUAUUUUCCUUUUCUAUUUAAAUUGCAGAAUUUCUACUCAGAUUUUUUUUUUUCCUCUUCCCUAACUGCUAAGACUUAAGGACAUUCUUUAUUAUGGAACUUUUGUUUAUUGCAUUUGGAAUGUGUGUUUACAGUGGGAUUUCAGGAGGGAUUGUGUUUGAAGCAAAUAUAUGUAUUUCAGAAAUCAUGACACACUCAACCUUCUUCAUCAUGGGAUCAGAAAAUUCUACAUGAGCAAAGAAUCCAUGUCAGCCUAACUUUAAAUUCCUAGUCACUAGAGAAGAGACUUAUUUAUAUAAAAUGAAGUAUUUAUGAACCGUGAGACAGCAUCAAACCUCACUGAAGGAUUGUAGAUUUUUUGCUUUUUGUUUUUAAAACUUAUUCCAAUUGCUAAAUUGGUAGUUUUUCAGUCUUUAUAAUACAAGAUUAAAAAAGAUAUAGUUAUAUGAAAUGUUUAUUUUCUAUGUGUGUGCCUAUAGUUCAAUAUUAUGCAAUAAAUUUGCUGUUUUAAUGUAA